AUGUCGAGCCCCAAGAGUCGCUCAGGGAUCCACCCGGACGACGUUCUGUGUGGACCCGGCCACUUUACCAGUCAACGAGGAAAUCUUCUUUGUCUCUCUCUGGUCCGAGACCAUUUAGAAGAAUACCGCAAAGCCAGUGGUUCGCAGCAACGACACGCCAUCGUCCAGCGGAUCUUUUCCCAAGUGGCAGGUCGCUUUCUCCAUUCCAAAUCACUCCAAGAGCUCUCUCGACUAGACGCACUCGCCAAGAUUGUCCGCAUGUUCCGUUUGGCGAACAGACGGGGUCCCUAUCAGAAAAAGAUUUCCCUCGCUGCUACUAGUAGUGCAAGUUGGGAGAUGGAAGAAGAAGAAGAGCCCAUGGAAGAGGAUGAUGAUGACGACGAGGACGACUACGACGAUGAGACUGUAGGAGAAGAAGAAGACUACCAAGAAGAAAGCAGCGAUGAAGAUGAUGAUGAUGUCGAUUCAAUCGAGUCAACGACCAUCAGGAGGCGCCAAAGCAAAGCAGAUUCUGCCUCUCGGAUCUCUCCGAAAGGUUCCACACAAUGUCAUGGCAACAACAACACGGCCAACAAUUCCGAUCCCUUCCGGCCUCAGGAUGUCCUUUGCGGAGUGGGCAAGCGCGGGAAUGAUGGCAAUUUGAAGGUUGUCAACCUCGUCUCCAAAUAUCACUACGUAUAUACGCACGAGGACACCUCUGCAGACGAGAAAGCUGCAAUUGUCAAGGAGGUCUACAAGGCCAUUGCCGAGACGGGUGGACGCUUUAUGGAUGUUCAGACGCAAAAAGAGCUUUCCGAAAAAGAAGCACACAAACGCAUUUGCAAGCGAAUGGUGUAUGCCAACGGUUUGUUGUUGAAGAACAAGAAGAAGAAACAAGGGAAUAGUGGCAGCCACAAACGCGCAUCCUUGUACAGCCUUCCACCAGCGAAAUCAACAACACAGUCGUCAACAAAGAAACGAGGUCGUCCCAGAAAGGAACCACCCGAGUACAACGACUCAUCGUCGGAUGAGGAUGACGAAAGCGACGACAGUGAUCGCUGGAACAACCAAGUGAAAUCAGCUACACCCGCCACUCCAACCCAAAAGCGAGGAAGGGGUCGGCCCAAAAAGAAGCAACCAGAGUACAAUCUGUCGUCCUCGUACGAUGACGAGGACGAGGACGACUCCAUUGAGAGCGACUACAGCGAAGGCUUGAACAAGCAAGCGAAAGCCGCAAAGCGAGGAAUGGAUCGUCCGAGAGAGAAACAACCGGAGUACAAUCGGUCAUACUCUUAUGAUGAUGAUGAUGACGACGACGACGCCGAAAGCGACGACAGUAGCCAGCCAGCUCCCAAACGGGUCAAACCAAUGUCCCCGGUCAAGCAACACAACAACAACAAAGCCACUGCGGACCCCAAAAGACAUGUACUGUUUCGAGAAGACGACGUCCUCGUGGGCGGACGUGGUAACCGUCAAAACGCUGGAAAUCUUUAUUGGACGCAACUUGUAAAAGAACGAAUGGAUGCAUACCAUAAUGAUGACCUGUCCGAGCACGACAGCCUAGAUAUCGUUGAUUCCAUUUACAGGGACAUCUAUGCCAGGGGAGGUUGCUUUCGAGACGUUACAACCAUGCAGGAACUGCAUCGCGAGGAUGCUUUGCAAAAGAUUGUCGCCAAACUCAAGAGAACCUACAUUCGAACCAGGAACGACGAUGAUGGCAACGAUGACGACACUAGCGCAAAGAAGAAUCAUCAAGUAAGCCCUGUUGCGAGUGUGACUACAUGGGGGGGCAGUGACAGUAGCAAAAAACCUCCCCCCAGACUUGCCAAGUCAUUACCCAACCAUUUUCAUUUCGGAGCCAAAACAACACCCCCCAGAGCUGCGAAAACAUCACCGGACAAGUAUGGGGCAGGUGCAUGCAUUGAUGAAUUUUCAAUAAGACCAAAUGACGUUGUUUGUGGCUUUGGGCUGGGUCGGUUUAACCAAGAAAAAGGCAAUGUCUUGUGCAUGACUCUCAUAGUUGAGCACCUGGAAGACUACUGUGAUCCGGACAUUACCAAGGAAGAAAAGAAUGACAUCUUGGACACAAUUUACAGCACUCUCACUAGUGGCAAUGGUCCUUUCAUUGAUUUCCAAAACAAAAUGGAGCUCUCCCGUGAUGAUGCACUUCAAAGACUCAAAAACAAAAUGCAAUGGGCACGUUGGCAACGGAACAGCGACCGCACGGCACGAGCACAAGAAGCGGUAGCCGCAGAGUUGCCAUCUGGCACAACCAUCCAAGAUUUAUCUGCUCAGGUCAAGGUUGGCUCCCAAGUGGCUGUUUUCUGGCCGGAAGAUGAUCAAUACUAUGCCGCCACUGUCGUGGAGCACCGUGAUUCGUCUACUCACAGGAAACCCUUGUAUAUUGAAUACGAUGAUGGUGAUGCUGAAUGGAUUGACCUGUCCGAGCAUGUGUUUCGACCGAUUGGGUUUGGCGAAGUCAGCAAUGGCACCGGUAGCAUUGGAGCCGUUUUUGCUGAGAACGAGAACACUGCCACAAAUCAAACAGAAGAGAGAGAAAGAACUGAUGUGUGUAAUGAUACAGAAGCAAAUGGCAAUGUGGAAGAUGCAGUCAAUGAUGCCAAACCAGGAGCAGAGGGAGGGCAAGGAUGGUCCGAACCUUCAAAUGAGCAAUUGACGGUUGCAAGUGAUGGCCAAGCUGCAAUCCUGGUCAGUCCCUGGCGUCUCAUCAGAGGAACAAUGGACGAGAAGCAUGCCUGUAGAUUGCUGCAAGGCUCGUGUCCAGGCGAAAAACCACAAGACGAAGUUGUGCAGAAUCUUUUACAGGACCUGAAAAACGAACGCCAGGAGCUCAAGGAGUGGGCUAAAGACAAAAUCAAGGCCAAAAUGGUUGAAAAAGCACAAACUCUCUACGGGCUGGAGGCUAUAAGUUCCUUUGAUGACGUGGUUCAAGCAUGGGUACAUGAUUCAUCACCUGAAAAUCAACUGAAGAUGCAUGCCAUCAUUCAUGGACAAUUCACCGGUAACUCUGCACAGAUAGCUCGGCUGCCCAUUCCAUGGGUCCUGCAAAUGGAGCGGGUCUACAUGGAGAAGAAGGGUGUGUGCUAUGACAACGUUUGCGACGGAGUACAAGCACAAUGCUCUGCAGCUAGCUUUCGUCGUCGUCAUGGAACUGGGUAUGUGUACGAUAUCAUUGCACUGCAGCUCAACUAUCAACAGAAUGCAGUCAAGUUAAGGGGCAAAGCCAAGCAUGGUUUGUACCUGACAUCAUAUCUGAAGGAUGUUGGCUACAAUGAGCCCCCUGGGAGAAAACGACACGCCUCAAAGAGUGAGUCGGACUUUGGGAAGGAAGCAAAAGUUGCCAAGGUCGCAGGUGAGACGGUGAAUACUGGGGGAGAAGAGACUCCAUCCAAAGCAGUAACAACAGAAGAUGAUGAAAAGAAUCGGGAGAAGUCACCUGAAAGAGCGUCAGCCAAGAUGGUGGAAAAGCAAACAACAACAGGUUGCGAUGACUCACUCAACAAACAAGGCCACCAAACCACCGAGGUGAUUGCAGAGAGCUUAAGCAAUGUCGAAUCACCUAUCAGUGCAUCAACAUCAUGCACAACACCUGACCAAACCACCAAGGUGAUUGCAGGGAGCUUAAGCAAGGUCGAAUCACCUAUCAGUGCAUCAGCAUCGUGCACAACACCUGAAUAUGGUGCGCCUGGAGAAGGAGCCAGUGGUGCCUUGGUCAGCAACAUUGAAGCUGUAAUUCAGAAGGUGGCUGUAAGUCGAAAUCGGCUUCUCAAAGCCUCAAUGGGUGAAGAGCAUGCAAUGCAGUUCUUGACUGGUUUGAUUUUCCCCAAUGCUGAGGCCAAGAGGGAUGCAACCAAACAGCUGCUAGAGCAGUUGCAUGAUGAGCGACAUGCCAUUAAGGCAUGGGCCAAGAAUGAGAUAGAGGGGGCUAUGGUUGAAAAAGCAUGUGAGCUUGGGUUUGACAAAGUCACCACGUAUGAUGAUUUGGUGCAGUCCUGGAUGGGUGAUGCAUCCACAGAAAAGCAAAAAUGGAUCCAAUUGGUCAUGUAUGAGCUUUGUUCAGUGGGUAGUGAUAACACAAAACCCCACAAGCCCAUACAAUGGGUGCUUCAGAUGGCUGACAGAUUCAUGGAAGAGAACCAUCUGGUGUACUCAGAAGCCAAUGGCAACAUUCACACAACGUCACAGCAUGGAUAUGUUUAUGACAUUGUUUCAGUUGCACUUGAUGAAAUCAGGCAAGAGGUCAAGAUGUGCGGGAAGAAACAACAUGGAGGUUGGUUGGAUCCUCCAAAACCUUCUUCAGUCAAGACGGGCACCAAUCUUGAUGCAGAGGCCAAUGUUCCCGAUGAGCAAUUCUCACAGCCAAAUACUACUGUGGCACAUUGUCAUUCCAGGCCAGUCCUUCCGGAAACUUCCACCUCCACAUCUUCAUCGGAACUUGCCAAUCCCACAAGGGAUAUGAUUGGAGAUACAACAACAAACACCUUGCCAAGGAGGGUUUCCAAUCAUUCAAAGAGCAAAGCAGCCUUGCCAUUGCCAAUGAAUCAGAAUGAUGUGGUCGCUCCAUCGAGUUAUGUGAUACAACGAAAAGCACAGGAUGCUGGGAAACAACUGGCAACUGUUCCAUUAGGAUCUGGAAAGCCUGAAGUUUCUGCUGAUUGGUCCUCACCUGUGGAGGAAGCAACAAUGGCUUUGCAGUUGCAGGUUAGGCAGAGGGAGACACAUCAGCAACAGAAGAACUGGAGUCUGAAAGAGGUGGUUGUGGUGGCUGGACUUUGUCUGGCAAUAGCUGUGAUCCCAGCAGUGAAAUUUCUUUUCAAGAAUGGAUAG